AUGGGCGUCCCAGCUACGAAGCAUGCAACAGUAUCUGAAGUUGUAAAGCUGAAUACCAACGCUACUUCCCAAAUCACAUUUUGUCGUCGUAGAGCGACCGAUAUCCGGCAUUUACAGACAACGGCUGUUGCUGCUGGCCGUCCAAAAGGCAAAAAACGCGAUCCACAGAGUGAUCCAUCUCCCUCACCACGACGACGACAGAUACAACGAAUUGACAGUCAUGCUAACAGUAGUGCUACUACUGCCAAAACUGAUGGAACGAUUAUAGCUAAAGAACGACAGGAAGUGGAGGAGCUUGAGGAGCUGAAGGAUCAAACAAUAACAACUGCUGCUAAUGGCAACGAUAACGAAAAAUCUGUUCCUAAGACGACGAAAAGGAAACUGCCUAAGACGUUAUUACAGCUAACACCACAAACGAACGACGAUCAAGUAUUCAAGCCGGAUUUACCGAACAUUAAAUAUCCACAGCACUAUACUGUAUCAUGUUCAUCCGAUCCGUUUGAAAUGAAUACGCGGUUAAGAACUCUGCUAAGUAAAAAAGAAGUCGUGUUUGGGUUGGAUUUGGAAUGGCAACCACAGUUUAAAAAGGGUGGUCCAAUGCAUAAGACUGCGCUUAUCCAAAUAUGUGGUAGCGACACCAUCCUCCUGUUCCAAGUAGCUCGUCUGGAAACAUUGCCAACUGAACUAAUUAGUUUCCUCAAAAACGAAAAUAUCUUCAAGGCAGGCGUCAAUAUCAAAGGCGAUGGUCAAAAACUAUUUCGAGAUUUCAAUGUGUGUACGAACGGUCUAGUGGAAUUGCAGCUCAUGACGCAACAUAUCGACUCACCAUUACUUAUGCGAACACAUAAGCGGUCGCUAAGCGUCUUGACGAGCUUAUUCCUCGAGAUGAAUAUGCCCAAGACCAAGAGCGUCCGGCUUAGCAAUUGGUCAAAGGCAAACCUGACACCGAAGCAAAUGCUGUAUGCUGCAUGCGAUGCUUAUGACAAAAUCGAGCAGUAUCAGCAACUGAAACUCAAGUAA